CGGUAGCGGAAGUUUCCCAGAGGAGGCGAUAUGGGGGAGAUGGCCUUUCGUAUGUGCGGCUGACAUCUUCCGUUUGCGGGUGGCGAUCCGUCUUGAUUGUCAAAGAGCCGGAGAGACCAGCAGACCAGACACACUGUCACCUCCUGACUGCGCGUUCCUUGGCGGUUUAUUUUAUCGUCACCUUCGCACAGUCGAGGCUUCGACGAUAAGAGCUACUAUUGACACCAUGCACACCAUGCACACUUGACGCUCUCGCCUUCACCAAGGCCAGGUGGGCGCGCGAGGGGUUGGAUCUGGAAUACCUGUCGGCGUUGCUCGAUGGUUCUCUGCGUGCUGCUGUUGAGGACAUGCCUUCUUGGGAAAGGUCGAACGCCCCCGUGUCGACCUCUGCUUGGGUUCCCUUAGAGGCAACGUCCGCCAAUGCGCUCGCCUUUCGACGAACAAGGUGAGGCCUAGCGCCAACAGCAGCGGUAUGAGCAGCAGCAACAGCAGCAGCAGGAGGGGCUCACGUUUCACAGUAUUGUAGUCAUGCGUAAAUAGUAGGUAAGUUUGAGUAUCAGAUGUCGUUAGCCACCUGAGAGCAUCUCUUUAUUGCGCUUACCUUCGGAUAAGUUGGUAUGCGCUUUGGUAUGCGCUUUGGAGGAGCAUACGCAUGGGCGGAGAUAUCAACCUUUACGGUUGAAUUGGAAUUGCAAUCGCGAGAUCUUCCCAUGCCAUGUUUUCUGGUUCUGAGUGUACGCUAGUAAUAUGUUGUUAUUGGCAACCAAGCGACCAAGUGUUUUCUCUUGAUUGGUAGGAGAGAGGUAGAGGCUGUAAUAUGCUGUCCUCGUACACACCGAACAACGAAACUCUUGCUCUCGAGUGAUAGAAGAGAGGUAGUAGAUUUUUCCUGGGGAAAAAAAGGUAAUUGCAGAGGAGUAGGUAUCGUAGAAGCCGAGGUUUAGAGGGAGGGGAAGGUUGAGUGCAGGGAAAAUGUGGGUUCAAGUGUUGUUCUGAGGUAGAGGUUGUCAUAUGCUGUCCUUGUCCCCACCGAACAACGAAACUCUUGCUGUGGAGUGAUAGAAGAGAGGCAGUAGAUUUUUCCUGGGAGGGGAAGAAGGUUGAGUGCAGGAAAAAUGUGGGUUCAAGUGUUGUUCUUCGCUCGUACGAAGGAGCUGGCGGGGAAGAGUCAUGUCAAACUCCAGUUGGAAGACGGAACGGACACGGCCAAGCUGCUUCAGAUACUCUGCACGAGGUUCCCAACGCUCAAGGAGAUGCUGCCUUUCGUGACGGUUGCCGUGAAUUUUGAGUAUGUGUUCUGCCCGAAACGUCUCCGCAACGGAGAUGAGGUGGCCAUCAUGCCGCCCAUCGGAGGGGGCUGAGGAUCCGCCCGGUGCGCGCGCUGCGUGCGUGUCACGGGGAGAAGUCUUUGGAUUUCGCAGGGCACUCUGUGCGUGCGUUGGCUAACGGUGCUUCCCAUGACAAGAUCGUCAAGGUGUUGCAAGGCUCUGCGCGUGUGGACACUGGGAAAUCGAAUGUAUAGCCCUCUCCCUCUUUUCCUUCGCUGUGAAAUAGAGUAGUUGGUCACGUCUUCCCCCGAGUACAACGCAGCCUGAUUUUGACUGUAUAAAAGAUGUCUUUCCGAUCGCAUACGGUCGUGAUAACGGUGCGCUGUGUUCGGGUGAAGUAGGUAGUUGGUGAGGUGAGCACUGGUAUGCGUUGUAUUCGAAGAUCGUGAGGAGGGUGCGCUCUGUUCGGGUGAAGCAGGUAGUUGGUGAGCACUGGUAUUCGUUGUAUUCGAGGAUCGGAUCUGGUCUGUCCCAAUGAACGCCUCUGACAGCUACGCGGCCAAAGUUGGUGUUUGUGAUUGCGAAGCCCAAUGACUUCGUCGACUGUGUGUAUGGUUUCGUGGUCACAAUCGCGGCGACAUUCAGUAUGUUGCCUGGUUAGGCUCUCUGCCAUUUCACCCCAGGAAAAACGUCUGUCCCGUCCUUGUCUUCCCUCGUGCUGGCUCUAGCUUCUUCCCCCGAAUAGAACGUACGGUCAUUAUAGCUGUAUUUGAGGCAUCUUUCAGUCUAGAUACAGCUAUAAUGACCGUACGUUCUAUUCGGGGGAAGAAGGUAGCGUUCAACGGUGUUCCUCGUCUGCUGGAGACACUUGGUCGACAAGAAGCAGGACUACAAUGGUGGUGCUCUCGCAUCCGAUCGUGGGAAGUAGGCGCCUCGACCAUGACGACGAAUACACUGCUGCUGUUUCGCUGCUGCGAUAAGUGAGGAGUCCCAAGAAUAGAAGGCAGGAAUGUGUGUAUGUAUUCUAACUGCCGCCAGCUUAGCUUAUUAGGGACAGAGGAGGCUCUCUCUCUCGUUAACUGCGCUUAUGGCACGUCUAAGAUGUCGUUCUUUGCCAUCGCUUGCUUAGGGUGGAGAUGGGUGUAUAUGUUAAACACUUCUGUCUUGUUAUUCCGGAUGCUGCCUUUGCAAUGUUUGCAUAACAAUAGUGUCCUUCUCAAUUCCCCUUGUUAGAACUUAUGUUACUGGCAAUGGUUUGCAUCACUACGGUAGAGUCGCAGUCCCUUUCUCAUGAAACGCCGGUUGUGGAAACUAGUUCUGGGGGACAGUGGCCUCUGUUUCUGGAUUUCAUAUAGCGUAGCCGAAAUGCAUGUGGGUUUGAUGAAGGGGGUUGGUUAAGUGAUUAACGUUGCCGCCGAGAUGUGUGUGGGCGCUCAACGAAGGGGGUUGGCAAGGUGAUUAGCAUUGCCGCCGAGAUGUCUGUGGGCGCUCAACGAAGAGGUGGUGGUCAGGUGAGGUCUGCGCUGUAAGUUUGGUCUCCGAGUCGAGAUUUAUAUCCGUACGUACGGCAGGUAUAGACACGCACAGAUCAGCGUCCCCCUCGCCUGGCAUCCCUCCUCCCUUUCUUGGUGGCGAUCGGCGGAGUCGACUCGUUCACACGUACCAACACGCACGCAUCGGCGUCUUCGUUGCCUGUCAUGCCUGUGCUUUCUCUUUGCUUAGACCCGCGAAUGACUGGAGUACACAUAUUAGAGCGCUCAUAGCGAGGGAGGGAUGUCUAGUAUGCGCACACAGAACCUAAGGCAAACUCCAAAGGCACGGAUCAAUUGAGAGAGAGAGAGAGAGCACUUGAGCGCGAGGUAGUGACGAGCUGAAGGUUGGUGCUCGCAGCGGAUGCAGUGUCGUAUGCCUUUCGUUUGGCAGGGGAUGCACGGUCGGGGUGGCCGAUGCAUAAAAUCCGUCGGUCUCGAUGGACGUCUCAUCCGUCCUUUGACGGGUGGCACGUCGAUGCCCAGAUCCGAGAUGGAUCCCAUUGUCCAACGAUUGUGCGGGGGCGAGGACAGAUCCGAGAUGAGGAUUCGUAGAUCGCAGAGGCCACACUUACGAAACAAACGAUGUGGGUGAAACCAAAUCAAUUUCUCGGACCGUUUUUGACUGAGGACAGAUGCGAGUUAACAAUUUGCUUUCCUCGUUAGUCUAGACGGCUCUUUGAAGGUAGCAUUGACGAUUAGAAUAACACUGCUGAAAUCGCACAUAGGACGGGGACAAUUUCGCAGUGCGCACGCGCACACCCCCGCACACACACGCAUACAAACGCACAAACACACACACAGACACGCACACACACACACACACACACACACACACACACACACACACAGAGAGAGAGAGGUUUCUGUGGCUGACCUAAACUUGGAGGUGGAAUGGCGGAUUGAAUAGAUCUGGUUGUGAGAGGUCCGGAGCUCUCUUUGUACGACAGUCCGCCCAUCAGGCGGGUUUUGUUUGUCGGAAUGAAUGUAUAGUUGACUU